CCGGUCAGGUCUCGCUUCCGGGUGCGGCGAAACUGACAUACCGGAACACGAACAUGGAUUAAAAAAAAAAAAUUUAAAUUAAAUCCCACGCAGGAGGAGACAACGGCGGUGUCGCUCGGACACAAUGACACGCUUCGGGAAGCGCGUCGCCUCCUCGCUUUGCUUUGUUUUUUCUCGUUAGGAACGUUUUUUUGUUUUGUUUUGAACCGGUUAGCCCACCAUUGUCUUACUUGCUGCUUUAGCUCUGAGCCCUGUUAGCAUUAGCGACGGACAAACAGGUUUCAUCUGGGCUGCGUUGUGACGUCACUUGAACUGAGCUCGUUGAAAGAAACGUCCUCCAGCAGUCUUGCUCCUCCACAGCGAGCGAUGAACAGCCUGUCGGUCGGCGAGCUGUGCGGCCUCUUCUGUUGCCCGCCGUGCCCCGGCCGCAUCGCGGCCAAGCUGGCCUUUCUGCCGCCGGAGCCCACGUACGCCUUCAUCCCGGAUCCCGAACCGGGCCCGGGGGCGUCUGGGUCGAGGAGAACGUCCAGCGUGCGCGCUCGCGGCGAGUGGAAACUCCACCUGACGGAGCGCGCCGAGUUCCAGUACACGCAGAGGGAGUUGGACACCGUGGAGGUGACGCUCGCGCAGUCCAGCCGGGGGAACAACAUCGGCUGCAUUUACGUCCGCUGCGUUCCCAAAUCCAGGUUCACGGUGCUGUUUUCCCACGGCAACGCGGUGGACUUGGGCCAGAUGAGCAGCUUCUACAUCGGCCUGGGCACGCGCAUCAACUGCAACAUCUUCUCCUACGACUACUCCGGCUACGGUGUCAGCGGCGGCAAGCCGAGCGAGAAGGACCUCUACGCCGACAUCGACGCCGCCUGGCACACCCUCCGCACUCGGUACGGCGUGAACCCCGAGAGCAUCAUCCUGUACGGCCAGAGCAUCGGCACGGUUCCCACGGUGGACCUGGCGUCCAGGUACGAGUGCGCCGCCGUGGUCCUGCACUCGCCGCUCACAUCGGGCAUGAGGGUGGCUUUCCCCGACACCAAGACGACGUACUGCUUCGACGCCUUCCCCAACAUCGAGAAAGUGUCCAAGAUCUCGUCUCCCGUGCUGGUCAUCCACGGGACAGAGGACGAGGUGAUCGACUUCUCGCACGGCCUGGCGCUGUUCGAGCGCUGCCCCAAGGCCGUGGAGCCCCUGUGGGUGGAGGGCGCCGGCCACAACGACAUCGAACUGUACGCGCAGUACCUGGAGCGCCUGCGACACUUCAUCGGACACGAGCUCGCCUGACGCGGGCGCCCGCUCCGACUCCAAAACGCAGUACGCCGCUCGCUACCUUGACUCAGGAUUGCUCCAAGUUGUUUAGUUUGAUUUUAUUUUAUUUUAAAACCAUACUGUAAUGACCCGGAACUGGACAGUCUAGCACACAAAUACAAAAAAAAAUAUUCUCAUGGAUCUGCUGUGGGCCACUGCUCACGCCCAGACUCGCACACACACUUACUGGCAAACUAUUCGUCACUUGCUAAGGCCCCGCCCCUUAAAGGCACACAUCCAACACCUAGAGUCUACAUUAAUGACACUUUAUAAAACCAGUUUAUUGAUGUUCUGUUUUGAUGAGAAAGUACCGAUACCAGUUUUAGGUACCCGGCCUUAAUCGUGACGGCUGCCGAUACUCCCACACCAAGUCCUCCUUGCCACUAGUUGGCGCCACACUGCAACGCUCACGAUGUUCUUGGAUAUCGGUACUCUGCGUCAACGAAAAAGAGCGGUAUCGUGCAUUUCUCAUUUUUAUACGGCUAUUUUUGGGGCUUUUGAAAAAUUACUGAAUGGCUUUUAGAUUAAUUUCACUCGAACGAUGAUUUUGUUAUCCGAGUAAAUCGAGUCACAAACUCGAUCGCGGGACAAAUUCAACUCGUCAGUUUUUAUUUAUUUUUAAAGGGACUUUCAUAAAUCACUUUUUUUUCAGAUUUUUUUUUUGGGGGGGGGUGAAAUGAUGAAACUGAUGAUUUCUCAGGAGAUUGUUUUUGUAGAUGUCAACAGUUACGUGGAAAAAAACAUUUCAAAUAUCUGCACAUGUACCUGUGUUUCCCAAUCUUUAUUGAGCCUGGGUGCAUAUUUUAAAAAAAAGAAAAUAUGAAUACUGCAAUAAUGAUCUGGUCUCAGUUUAGUGCCAAAUUUCAAAUCUGAUUGCAUUAUUCACAUUUUCUGAGCAGCCAAAGAUGGAAUCACAGCGUAAUUGUUUUUUUUUUCUGCCCCCUAGUGGAAGAUCCUUGAAUGGUUUUGCCUGUCACGAUAUGUCGGUAGCAUAAAUGAUAAUGAUCAUAAUGAUAUCUGCACUGAUGCAACGAAACUGUCGCUCUACCUCAAAAUCUGUCUUUAUGUUUUCGAGUGGUUUUGUGCAGCCGCCAGCGAAGCAAAAAAAACGUCUGCGGUCUUUUAUUGAUUGUAAACGACACGACUUUUUAAUCAUCUGUUCUUCAUAUUUUGAAUGUGCCGCCUGAUUGGUUUUCGAAAGGUGCUAAACGCUGCCGGACGUUCGCGUUCAUUUCACGGCUUUCGUGAUGUGUGAACCAAAGUUGUCCAGUUUUCAAACCCCCCCCCCCCCCCCGGCCCCCCCAUUCACAAUCAUCCAUCGUGUCUGGUUUCCAAAAUGAAGGAACAAAGCUAAUAAAAUCUCAUCUUGUUGCGAUCUGCAUUUUUUUGUCUGAUGACAUCACAAAACGAAAUGAGCGUAGAAAAAAAUCUGGCCACAUUAAGUUUCUUUCGGCCUGUCCCGUUAGGGGUCGCCACAGCGUGACAUCUCAGAUGAUCGCUCAUAUUUGUUUGGUGCAGUUUUUACGGCGGAUGCCCUUUCUGCCGAGCGGAGGCCCCGGCGGGAUACGAACUCGCAACCCCUGGUUUUUUCAAACCAAUGCUCUAACCACUGAGCUAUGGGACCUCUUAUGCAUCUUGCAAUAUUGAUGGUCAAAAAUCUAUAAUAAAUGAAUUGCUGCCACACCAAGCUAGCUAGCUAGCUAGCACAUUAUAAUUAUGAUUCACGUUUUUUUUUUUUUUAUUCAAUACUAAAAUGUCAAAAUAUCCCUCCCCACACGCAUUAAACACAUUUCAACUUCUUAUAUAAAGCAGCGACGCCUUGAGGAUGAAGCGAGUUCUUCAGAAUAAAAGUAGUAAUCAGGACAAUUUAUUAUUAUUAUUUUUGACUUGCAAACAAAAAUAUGACAGCGCGGAACUCAACUCAGUUAACAAAACAAAAAAAGGAUUCAAGAUAAAGUUUGCUGUUAAACUAAACAUCAAAAGAAUGACACGUGUUUUAAAAAACAAGCAGUUGACGUUGCUUUACACGAUUUCGGGUUAGCUAGAAGCUAAUGAACAACGCAAAACGCCAUAGACGGGCUAAUGAAUAGCAGCUACAAUUAAUGCAAAAAAAAAAUGUACUUGAAAGCUUCCCUAUAGUGUGUAUCAUUGUUGUCCUCCAUUUUUUAUACUUAGAGGCUCAAUCUGGCAUCGUGUUAUAAAAACAUGGGCGAAAAAUGUUGACAGAUGGAUGCUAAGCUCCAUUCAACGCGCACACACACACACACAAAUCCUCUUCAGGGAUUAAAAGCAGAUGCAUGUUUUUUUUUUUAUUACACAAACACUAGUAUUUAAUAUUUUAUUCAAUAUAAUUUGAUCGUUUUGUCAAUUUGAUGGCCAAACGGAUUUCACCCAAAAAAUAUAGUUAACUAUAAAAAAAUGAGAUGUAUCAUGUAGUGAAAUCAAAUAUUGCAAUUUUGUGUAACAAAUGUACUGAUAAUACUACUGUACCUUUAAAACAACUCGUUUCAAUAGUUUGAACCAUAUAUCGUUAGCCUUGUUAGCAUAAUUGGCAAAUUGAUUUUUAACUUACUGUUACAAAAUUAAUUUAAAAUGGUGUUUUUCUCGUUUUCUGAGAAUAUCUAAAUAGGAUUUUGGCAACUAUAGUUUUAGUCCAACAAUAUGUAAACAGACUCCAUAAAGAGUUGGCAGGUCUUUGUAAAUGCCACGUAAAAAUUAUUUUUGAGGAAUAAAACACCCAAAAAUGUAUUUGAAAAAUGCACAUAAACAUACAGUAAAUUUAAAUAUUGACUUGGAGCACUGCAAAUGUAAAAAGUGAAAAUCCACAAACAGUUGACAGGUCUUUGUAAACGCCACAUAAAAAUAAAUUUUGAGGAAUAAAACACAAAUAAAUGUAUUAAAAAAUGCAAAUAAAUGGAGGAUUCCACCAUUUCCGGGGGGGGGGGGGUAUGCCCCGCCCAUCUCUAAAUAAUUACAUCGAACUGUGAGUAUGAAUAAGUGCGUAUGAAAUUGCAAUUUUUGUUGUCUGUUUGACGUGUUGCCUUGGGCACCACGAUGAUUAACAAUAGACGGGGAGUAAAAAGACAAAACAAAAUGGCAUCAUGACAAAUGAAUAAUUUAUUGAUUCAUGUGGAGGAGGAGGAAGAACUCUUUGGCAACCAAGAAGUUGAUUUUGAUGCAAAUUCCGCACAAAGUGGACCACGUGUGACUCAUCGUUGAGGACUUAAAAAAAAAAGCAGCAGUGACUUUUGGAUGCUCAUGUUUGAAAUCUCAUCGUCCGAAAACAACAACAACAAAAAAAAAACAUUUUUCUUCCAAUGCACUGCGUUUAUUUGCUACCGAAGCGUAUUACUGCCACACCCCCCAAAAAAAAAAGUCGCUAUCACGAUGUGAAACGUGGCUGUUUCAUGUU